AUGUUGGACCCGUCACCUAGUGACGGAGGCAGCCUCUCUAGCGCGCUGUCCUCACCCAAAUCCGAUAUCGAAAACCCCGCCGAAGUCGACGACCAAGUGCCGUGUAUCGGCAAAGGAAAGGGAAAAAUGGAGGAGACAUCGGGUGCCGAGGAACUGGACACAGAUGGCGAUGGCGAUGGCGAUGAGGAGAGCAGGCUGAGGUUUCUCACCACUGUUCGCGACCAGGAUGACAUUGAACGCGAUAUCGGCCGUCAAGCCGAUAAAAUGCUCACGGAGCAAGCUGACGAGCGCGACAACAAGCGUCUGCAGAAAGCUUUGACCGAGAAGCAGCGCUGCACCACCCAACUGAGGAAGCUGGAAGAGCGCCUUGCCGGUCCUGGCGGAUCCACCAUCAAAAAUAAGAUCAGGAAGGAUGUUGCCGACAUGGAGAGUCGCAUCGAGACAUUGACUUCCGAUGUCCAGCAAAUCGAAAACCGCAUCGCCGAGAGGCACCAUCAUGGCAACGCCGACGACCUAUUAGAGGUUGGUGGUAAUCGUCAACAACCGAACGAGAGUCGUCGAGACUUUCUGAUACGCACCGGCAAGAUCACUCCGUUCUCGAGAAUGGCUCGCCCUCCGAAGAAAACUGCUGAAAAUGUGAGCGACGUGCUUCUUGAUGCUGAGCUGGGUGAAGAUGAAGAUGAACAAGAAGAAGAGGAUUUCGACGCUUCGUUCGCCCCCGAGGGUUCCGUGUCUCAUCGCAAUUUGAAGAGACCUGGUUUUGCCGAAGAGAUGAGCGAGACUGGUUCCACCAUCUCCGAGGAGGACGCACGAUCUGCGAAACGCCGCAAAGUCAAGACCACAGACGAGGAUGAUGGACUCCCGGAAGCAUCGAGUGUCGAAAGUCCACAGUCAGAUGACGCAUACGAUCCUGGAAUGAGCGAUCGCCAACUAGCCGUUCUUGACUCAACUGACGAAGAACUCGAUGGCGUUGAAGAUGACGACUACGACAUGACUACCCCAGGACAAAAGCGCAAGACAAAGCCGAAGCAAGCAAAGCCCAGGGAGAAAGCAAAACUGGACGGCGAGGGUGCUGACGGGGAAGAGGACCUUGCGGAUCUCGACGAUGGAAAUGAGGCUCAUUACCAAUCCCGACUCAACAAAUGGGUGAAGGAGCGUAGUGCUGCCCGUCACAGGGCUCGGCAUAGACGUAGCUCCGUUGACGCCUAUCCCCCGCUGGAUGAAGAUGACGAAAAGCCAGAAUGGCAACAAGCUCUUCCACACAUUCCCGACACAAACUUCGAUGGUGGCUUCAAAGUUCCCGGUGAUAUCUAUCCCAACCUUUUCGACUACCAGAAGACUGGAGUUCAUUGGCUUUGGGAGUUGUACAGCCAACAAGUUGGUGGAAUCAUCGGCGAUGAGAUGGGGCUAGGCAAAACUGUUCAAGCAAUCUCCUUCAUCGCCGGACUCCAUUAUUCUGGCAAACUCAACAAGCCAGCGAUUGUUGUGUGUCCUGCCACUGUGAUGAAGCAGUGGGUGACGGAAUUCCACACCUGGUGGCCCGCCCUUCGGGUGUCGAUCCUGCACAGCUCUGGCAGUGGCAUGAUGGAUAUGAAGAGGGAAAGCCAGAUGGAACAGAAUAUGGAGUCACGGUCCUUAUCGAAGAAAAAGCCGCUGACCAAGUCUGAAAAGUCUGCAAAGAGAAUCGUCGACAAGGUCAAGGCUGAUGGGCAUGUUCUGGUGACGACUUACUCCGGUCUUGCGACUUAUGGCCAGUUUCUCAUUCCUACUGAAUGGGAGUACGCCGUUCUGGACGAAGGGCACAAGAUUCGUAACCCGGACUCGCGUGUCACCGUCUACUGCAAGGAAUUACGCACGGCAAACCGCCUCAUUCUCUCCGGUACCCCGAUGCAAAACAACCUCGACGAGCUCUGGUCAUUGUUUGAUUUUGUGUAUCCAAUGCGCCUCGGCACUCUACCAGAAUUCCGCACCUCAUUUGAGGUCCCUAUCAAGCUUGGUGGAUAUGCCAACGCAUCAAACUUCCAAGUUGAAACAGCUAUGAGGUGUGCAGAGGUGUUGAAGGAAACCAUCAGCCCUUACCUCCUGCAACGCUUCAAGGUCGAUGUUGCUGCAGAUUUACCGAAGAAGACAGAACGCGUCCUGUUUUGCCGGUUGACGGUACCCCAGAGGAAGGCUUAUGAAGAAUUUCUUGGGUCGUCAGAGAUGAAUUCAAUUCUUGAUGGCAAAAGACAGGCUCUUUUUGGAAUCGACAUACUGCGCAAGGUCUGCAACCACCCUGACUUGAUCCAUCAUAAAUCGGAGAAGUUCAAAUCCGACCCGAGAUACGGUAGUGGGUCCAAGUCUGGAAAGAUGCAAGUAGUGAAGGAGUUGGUUCAAAUGUGGAAGAGAGAGGGCCACAAGACUCUUCUGUUCGCCCAACACAAGAUAAUGCUCGACAUCCUCGAGAGGUUCAUGAACAAGCUUGGCAACAUCAACUAUUUGCGUAUGGACGGAUCUACCAGCAUCAAAGCCCGCCAAGACCUUGUUGACAAGUUCAACAACGAUCCUGGCCUGGAUGUUUUUCUGCUGACAACCAAAGUUGGAGGUCUUGGUGUCAACCUGACAGGCGCUGAUCGGGUCAUCAUAUAUGAUCCAGACUGGAACCCUUCCACGGACGUGCAGGCUCGAGAGCGAGCGUGGCGUCUCGGACAGAAGCGCGAGGUUGAGAUUUAUCGCCUCAUGACGGCCGGUAGCAUCGAAGAGAAAAUCUAUCAUCGCCAGAUCUUCAAGCAGUUCUUGACGAACAAGAUUCUGAGGGACCCAAAGCAGCGCCAGACGUUUCAUCUUAAGGAUCUGCACGACCUCUUUACGCUCGGUAAUGCUGACGAUGAAACGGAGACCGGAAAUCUCUUUCAGGGUACAGAAACCCGAAUCUCUGGUUCGCCAACAGGGGCUCGUGAGAAGAGCCCGAAGCCGGAUGAAGAGAUGUCGAAGAUCUAUGGAAUCGAACGCGGAGAAGAUUACCGGACAACGGAGACUGGUGCCAAGUCUUCCGGCAAUGGAGAGCAACAAGCUGGUGCUCAGCCUGCAGGCUCAAACAAGGACGAACGCCUGAUGACCACCAUUUUCGCCCGCAGCGGCGUUCAAAGUUCGGUCGAGCAUGAUUCGAUCAUGGGAUCCAACAGCAAAAGGAACAUUGUCGGUCCCGAUCCAGCAGCAAUUUCCAGGAUGGCUCGCGAGAAUGCCGAAAAAGUUGCGCGUGAACUUGCACGCUCGGCGGAGAUUGCUCGAAACACGCCAGCCGGCACAGUGACCUGGACCGGAGAGGCCGGUACCGCCGGCCGUCCACCCACCCCUCCGCCUCGAAGAGAUCGCUUCGCCACGAUGCGAGGAGCCCUCCGCGGCGGCCGCGGCGGCCGUGGAGGUCCGUCAUCUGGCUCCGUACUCUCCCACCUCUCGGUCCGCCAGGGUCGCAAUGCCCCCACCGCCAACAGUGCAGCCCGCCGUGCCGCGCCUGCUACUUCUGCGCGUGGCCGUUCCUCCACUCCACUCAACAACGGCGCAUCUCGCAGCGACUCGGCGUCUUCGUCUCGCGGAGACACUCCGCGGCCCGCGGCGGAUCGCAAAAAGGACUUGGAGGGCACGGAGCUGUUCAAGGCUAUCAGGGACUUCAUGCGCACCCACGAUGGCGUCGUGUACACGGAGAUGAUCAAGCAGCAAUUCCAGUGGCAGGUUGGCGAGGGAAGGGAAAAGGCGGAAGAGUUCAGAGCGAUGUUGAAGAUUCUAGCGAAGCUAGAGAAGCCAAGUGGGGGCGACGGAAGGGGUAGGUGGACGUUGAAGACGGAGUGGAAGUGA